UUUGCAUUUCAUUACACAUUGGAGACCAAGUGAUGUGUGAAAACCUAGAGCAUUUGAGUGAAUAGCAAGCUAGAUGUGGGGAGAAAAAUUGCAAGUCAAAGACUGCAUCAAUGAGAAGUAAAUGAUGAAGUUGCUGAAAUCUUAAUUUGGACUGCCAUGCUUAUUUUCUAGGAUGGGAGUGUACUUAAUUGCUGCCAAAAGAAGACUGUUCUGUUUCCAGCCUUGCUUUCCUUCUCUUGCCUUGCACAAGCUGUAGUGCUUGCCCAGCCCAGCCUUCAGCUGAUUCAACUUGCUAAAUCAUCAGUGAACUUAACACAGCCUCCCCCCACAUGCAAAAAAGGGAAAAAAAGAAAAAAAGAGGGAGUAAGAACAGAGCGUGGUUUGGUCUGAUCCCAUUUCUUUUGUUGACUGAAAUUCACUUCAGUGUGAGAUCUUCCUCUUCGGAUGUCUGUCUGGUGCUGGAAAGACUACAGUGAGCAUGGCUCUGGAGGAAUACUUAGUAUGCCAUGGCAUUCCAUGCUACACAUUGGACGGUGACAAUAUUCGCCAAGGCCUUAAUAAGAAUCUGGGUUUCACACCAGAAGAUAGAGAAGAAAAUGUCCGUCGUAUUGCUGAGGUUGCUAAACUGUUUGCAGAUGCUGGUUUGGUGUGCAUUACCAGUUUUAUCUCUCCCUAUACUCAGGAUCGUAAUAAUGCCAGACGAAUUCAUGAAGGGGCAAGUUUGCCUUUUUUUGAAGUAUUUGUGGAUGCUCCACUGCAUGUCUGUGAGCAGAGAGAUGUUAAAGGACUCUAUAAGAAAGCCAGGGCUGGAGAAAUAAAAGGUUUUACUGGGAUUGACUCUGAGUAUGAAAAACCAGAAGCCCCAGAGCUUGUGCUGAAAACUGAUUCCUGUGAUGUGAAUGAUUGUGUACAACAAGUUGUGGAACUUCUUCAAGAGCGGGACAUUGUACCAGUGGAUGCCUCUUAUGAGGUGAAAGAGCUUUAUGUGCCAGAAAACAAGCUACAGUUGGCCAAAACUGAUGCUGAGUCUCUGUUAACCUUGGAAAUAAAUAAGGUGGAUAUGCAAUGGGUGCAAGUGCUAGCAGAAGGUUGGGCAACACCCCUGAAUGGCUUUAUGAGAGAGAGAGAAUACCUACAGUGCCUUCACUUUGACUGUCUCCUCGAUGGGGGAGUUAUUAAUCUGUCAGUGCCUAUAGUGCUAACAGCUACUCAAGAAGACAAAGAAAGACUGGACGGGUGUACAGCAAUUGCACUGGUGUAUGAAGGUCACCGUGUAGCCAUUCUCCGUAAUCCCGAAUUCUACGAGCACAGGAAAGAGGAACGGUGUGCUAGGCAAUGGGGAACAACAUGCAAGGAACAUCCCUAUAUCAAGAUGGUUAUGGAGCAAGGGAACUGGCUUGUAGGUGGAGAUCUACAGGUCCUUGAUCGUAUUUAUUGGAAUGAUGGACUUGAUCAAUACCGUCUCACUCCAGCUGAACUAAGACAGAAAUUCAAGGAAAUGAAUGCUGAUGCUGUCUUUGCGUUCCAGUUACGCAACCCAGUGCACAAUGGGCAUGCUCUUUUAAUGCAGGAUACUCAUAAGCAGCUUUUGGAACGUGGCUACCGGCGCCCAGUUUUACUCUUGCAUCCACUUGGAGGCUGGACAAAGGAGGAUGAUGUUCCUCUCAUGUGGCGCAUGAAGCAACAUGCUGCAGUACUGGAGGAGGGAAUCUUGAAUCCAGAAACAACAGUGGUGGCUAUAUUCCCUUCCCCCAUGAUGUAUGCUGGACCAACUGAGGUUCAGUGGCACUGUAGAUCACGGAUGGUUGCAGGAGCUAACUUCUACAUUGUAGGGCGAGAUCCAGCAGGGAUGCCCCACCCUGACACUGGGAAAGAUCUGUAUGAACCAACCCAUGGUGCCAAAGUGUUGACAAUGGCUCCAGGCCUCCGAGCACUGGAAAUUGUACCCUUCAGAGUUGCAGCGUAUAAUAAGAAAAAGAAGUGCAUGGAUUAUUAUGACUCUGAUCACCAUGAAGACUUUGAAUUUAUAUCGGGGACCCGCAUGCGCAAGCUGGCUCGAGAAGGACAAAACCCACCGGAAGGCUUCAUGGCUCCUAAGGCUUGGACUGUGCUGACAGAAUACUACAAAUCCUUGGAGAAGGCUUAGGCCUCUUAUUAACUGCAGAUCAACCUUUGACGCCUCAUCCAUUUACGAGAAGGGGACCACACAGUCACCGUUCAUGUUGCUUUGUUGUGGUGUCUGUCAGGAAGUUCUUCUCUGAAAACAGACUCUUUCUUCCUAACUUAGCAUCAUUCUUUGCCUGUCCUUAUGGGUUCUAUUAUGUCCUGGCACCUAACUAGCUGCUGGUUUUAAUGUCUUCUCUUUUAUUACAGUUAAUAUUCUUGCAGUAGGAUUUUUAACUCAUGUCUUUUUUUAUAUUUUACUGCCUCUGUCCUAUGAGUUCUGCAGCUGUUAAAUAGAUGCAGCUUUUUCAUAUGUUAUUUAAACUGCUGGGUAGUGUCUGGUUUUAGUAGUUAGUAGGAGAAAAUGUAAUGGUUAGACCCCUAACUAUGGAUAGAUUAUCUAUAAAUCAAAAAAGUAAAGUUUUAAAACGUGAAAGGUAAAAGUGUCCUCACCUUUUCUCAUCAUCAUCUCCAGAAGCACUUAACAUUAAUUUCUCACUAUAUGUAAUCAAAAAGCAGAGUUUUUUAUGUAGCAUAACUAAAAUUUUUUGCUUUCUUUGUUUAGUUUUGGAGUUCAUUGAAUUGUCCGGUGAUUGUCUUCUGCUGUGGACCUGUAAAGAUGGCCGAGUAAUGAAUAAAAGAAAAUACCUAGUUUUCACUUUGAUAACUAAUCCAGAUUUUUUCUUCUGUAUGUGCUUGUUGCCAUAGGUGUCAGUAGGGAAUGUUUUAUUUCAUUUGCUAUAACUUGCCAGUUUUUGGUUCCAGAUAUAGUUGUUCAGCUUACUACAACUUGUAAAAAAGUAUGGCAGACCAGCCUUGAAUUAAUGUUUAAUUAUUGCAAGAAAAAUUAAAAAAAAAAUCCUUAGA